GAAGCGCGGUGUACUUAUUACAAUCAAUAAUGCCUAAAUAAGAUGGCGUCAUCCGAUGAGGAAGACCUUGAGGCUUUGAGGAAUGCUGCCCUUGCAUCAUUGAGACAGAAACAAGCAGCUCAGGCACCACAGGGAAUCCAGGUAGUCAGCAGGGUCAGUCUAUCGGCAGUACAAACAGCUGAUCAGUAUAAUGAGCAGACAGGGGAGCCAGUGCCACAUUCUGAUGUAGACUAUGGAUACAGAAACACAGAAUACGAAGAGGUGCCAUUCGCUUUUCGGCAGGCAGUUCUUCAGCAGCAGAACCGUGGACGUGGUAGGGGAUUCCACAGAGGAAGAGGCUGGGGCAGAGGCAGAGGGAAUAGGUUUCUACCACAACCAACAACCCAGAGUGCCCUUAUAGUGAUACAGCCCUCUGGAGGACAGGAAGAGGAACCAAAGAUAUCUGAGACAUCAAAAGAUUCACGCCCACUGUUGCUGAGACCACAGGACAAGUGGGCUUCAACAGAAAGUGGCAGUCAAAGUUCAACACCAACCAGGCCAAAAGACAAAUCGAAGUUCAGCAGAUAUGAUGAUGCUACCGACAGUGAAGAUGAUGAUGACAUGGUUGAGAGGCGAAGGAGAGAAUCUGGCUCAGCUAAUUUCAUGGACAUGUCUUUAGAUGAUGUGAGUAGUGACACAGAAAUAGAAAUUCAUACACACCAAAAUGAUGGGCAUGAAAGUCAGGAACAUAAUAAUGAAAUUGAGGUUCAUAAUAGUGAACAGGAUGUUAACAUUUCAGUUGAGGUGAAUGAAAAAGAAUCAGGACUAACUGAUGCAGAAAGUGCAAUAGAUAUGUCACAGAAUAUUACUAUUGAUGAAGUAACUUCAGAUUUAAACACAUCCCAGAAUGUAGAAAAAUCUGAUCCAGAAAUUCCUGCCAAAACAAACAAUGCUGAAGAAAGUCAUAUAAGUAAAACUGUUAAUGACAAACCAGAAAAUUUAGGAAGUGCUAGUGGUAAUAGAUUAGAAGAAAUAUUGCUUGCAAGUAGAAACCUUGAGGGAUUUGCUGACCAAGAAUUAGAAUCAGAUAGUACCCCAUUACGAGAUGAACAAACUCCAUUGCGAGAUGAACUUAGACAAGAUGACAGUGUUUCUAAUUCUUACAGUGCUUUUAGUAGAUUUAACAGAAGAAAUCGAAGAGAUUCCGAAUCUGCAGAAGAAUCUGCAGAUGAAUCAGACAUUGAAAAAAAUGUACCAAGUAGUAGAGAUAGUUCUAUAAGUAAAGAGAGUAGUAGGUCACAGUCUGUGUCUAGAAAUGAUAGUGCUGACAAUGAAAGUGAUGUUGACAAUGUGGAACUUGUGUCUGAAGAAGAGACACAAGAAUGUUUAAAAUCUCAGCAAACAGAUUCUGCCAAACCAAAUUCUGCCAUAAUAUCUCGGACACUUGAGGAGAGAAAGACAUCAUUGUCAUCUUUAAAAUCAUCUAAGUCAUCAAGAUCAUCAGUAUCAUCAUCAGAAUCAGAUUCUGACUCUUCAUCGUCAUCUUCAUCAUCUUCUUCUUCAUCAUCAUCUUCGGACAGCGAAUCAUCUGAUGAUUCAUCUAAAGGUCUCAAACAAAAAGUUGAAGUUAAGAAGGAUGCCAAAAUUGUGGGAAAAAAAUCAAAGUCUCCAGUAGAAACAAACAUAAAAUCAGCAUUACACAGUGUAAGCAAAAGAUCAAAUGAUUUAAGGGAGAAAAAGUUGAAGGACAGAAAAAGUGAAAAACAUACAGAUUCUGAUAGAAAUGAAGCAGACUAUUAUAGGAGGGGAAAAGAAAAAGAUUCAAGGAGUUCCGAAAAAAGAAGUGGUAGAGAACGUUCUCCUUAUUUCCAUCUUAAGAAAUCUGUGAAAGACAGAUUAUCAGCAAAUGAAGUAAAAGCUGAUCCAGAGUUUGAUGCCACCAAUUACAGGGAUGAAACAAUAUUCCACAGAAAUGCUAAGAGGGGAAAACAGGGUAGAAGUAAUGUUGAAUUGGAUAGAAAACAAUAUGCCAGUAGGGAAAACCAUAAAGGUGACAGCAAAUAUGAUAGUAAGUCAAGAGAGAAAUAUGAAAAAGAUAGUAAAUGUAGGACAAAGGAUACCAAAGAAAAAACACAUGAAAAAAGAUACUUUGAAGAAAUUGGUAAGUUAAAAAUGGAAGAUAAACAUGUGUCAAGAAAAUCUGUUAAACAGGAAACUGAGACUUCUUCCAAUUUGAAACAUAGUAAAAUAUCUAGGGCAAACUCUGCUGAUAAAGUCAACUCAGCAGUAGAGGCAUAUAGAAAAGACAAAACUGCCAAGUCCAGUAAAAGUGAUUCUUUAAUAGCAUCAGGGAAAGCAUCUAAGUCAAAAAGUAGCAUUGAAGACUCCAAUUCAUAUAAAAGUAAAGACAGAAGAAAAUCAGAUGAAAAAUUGAGACGGAAAAGUAACGAGGGAAAAUCUAAACAGCACAGUACAAAGGAAGAACAAAAGCAUAAAAGAAAAAGUAUUGAAGAAAGAUUGAAAAGAAUAGCAAGUGUAACAGAAAAUUUAGAUUCUGAUUCAGAUAGUGUUAAGAGUGUUUCUAGUGUAAGUGAUGUAAGUAGUGAUUCAGAAACUGAAACUUGGAGGGAUAAAAAACGUGGUGCUUCAAGAAAGACAGAUGAUAUUGAGUUGGAGAGGAGACGUAGAGAACUAAAAGAGAGGGAAAAGAGACGAGAAUUGGAUAGAAAGAGAGAAGACAACAAACAUGAAAGAGGAGGUGGGGAUGGAGAUAAUAAUAAAAAGUCAAGAUACAGAAAUAGUCAUACUAAAAGUGAAAAAUUUGGUACAGAACAUCAUGAAAGACAGAAUUUUAGAACUGAUGAAUACAGAGAUAGAAGAAAACAUGGCGAAGAUGAAAAUGUAAGACAGAAGUACUAUCGUAAGAAAAAUAUGGUUUUCUAUGAAGACGAUACUGCUGUGAGGAAAAAGUUUGAAGAGAUGGAUUCAGAUAGUGAAUCAGAUAUUAGAAAAGGUGGUGUAAUAAGUAUUGUGACAAGUGAUCGGAAAAAACAAACUGAAGAAAUUCCGAGUUUACUUGAUAUAAAUGUUUCAAGACCAAAAUCUGACAAAGACCGUAAAGUUCGAAAAAAGUCUCCGAAAAAUGAGCGUCUGAUUAUUCGUGUGGAGAAGUCAAGUGAUGAAGAUAUCUCGGGCACAAAAUCAAGGAAAAAGAAAAUGAAAAAGAGAAAGAAUUGGAGUUCAGAUGAAGGUGAAACUCCACUACAGCAAGUUGUGAAUGUCACAUUUAAUGAAGAGCCUAAACCGAAAAAAUCCACAAAGUCUGUAUAUGAAAGACUUGGUGUCGCUGUAAGCAAGAAAACCUCAUCAAAGAUACCAUCAGAUUUAGGUGACUCUGGUUUCAAAAGGUCACAUGAGAUUAGUGUACCUAGAGCUGGAAAAAGAAUUAAACUGGACAAUAGCAGCAAAUAUACUGCAGUUGAUACAAAGAAAAGCAGAUCUGAAAAUAAAGGUGACCCUGAUGAGGCGUUGAAUUUACGUAUCCAGAAAAUUCAGGAAAAAAAUGCAGAAAUUCUCCGAAGGAAGAUGGAAAUCGAACAGGAUAAGCAAAAAUAUGGCUGAUACAUUUAUGUUUCGUUCAAUAAAUGCAUCAAUAUUUAAAUAUAUACUUGUUUUCUAAGAAAAGUAAUCAGUUCUAAGAGAAAGGUAAGUACUGUGAAUGUAGUUUUAGUGGAAAGUGUGUAUUUACCGCAGCUUUGAAAGACAGUUGACAAUAUAUACAAUACAGUAUAGAAGUUUUAUAUAAAGGGAGGUAAUUUGUCAGAAAAUUACAUGACUUGUUUCCAGUAAAGACUGUUUACAAGAAAAGGAAAAGAAGAGGAAACAGUUACAGACAUUAGCAUGGAAAGUAAAAAAAAAUUAUUAGAAAAUUGUUGUAGAUUUGUUGUUGACAAUUUCAUAUCAAAGUAUUUAGAUGUAAUUUAGUUUGUAUGUCAUUUGUUGUACCUAAGCUAUUUGAUUUCAAAUUAUUGGUAACAUUUGUUUGAUGAAUAUGGCCUUGUUCUCAUUUUAGUCCUGAAAAAAGAUUUAAGAAAGGAAGAUGCGUGCUGAAAUGCACUCAUUCUAGAAUUGCAUGUUAACAGAAAAUAUUUGGGUCCAUUAAUGAAAUAUAAUAUGAGCCGCACCAUGAGAAAACCAACAUAGUCUCUUUGCGACCAGCAUGGAUCUAGACCAGCCUGCGCAUCCGUGCAGUCUGGUCAGGAUCCAUGCUGUCCGCUAACGGUUUCCCUAAUUACAAUAGGCUUUGAAAGUGAACAGAAUGGAUUCUGACCAGACUGCGCAGAUGCACAGGCUGGUCUGGAUCCAUGCUGGUCGCAAAGCCACUAUGUUGGUUUUUCUCAUGGUGCGGCUCAUAUAUUCAUUACAAAUUGUAAAGAAGCUAAUGCACUUUAAAUACAGAAAAAUACAUGAUACAGUACAUAUCUAAUUGUUUACAUGUAAUUCAUUGGCAGUCCUUUUGUGGGAUUUUUUUUUUAACUUUUUUCGCUUGAACUCGGCAGUAACGGAAAAAUACGUUUGAGUUUUCAGUAUUUCGAGCCAUCAAACAAUAUACAUUAUACAGGUAUUUUGCCAGGACCUGACGGUGAGUUUGAGUAAGAGCAAUGAUCCAAUUAUCCAAGUUCAAGCGAACAAAUUUAUACAGUAACAUCUACAUAACUUAGGUUUCAGCUUAAUAUAAAUGUCGAAGAUAUGUAAAACAGCUGUAUUGGAAGCUCUUUUUAUGCUCUUUUGAAUGGAUUCAUUGCCCGUCUGCUGAAAUUUGAUAUUUUUCUAUAAAGAACAGUGAAAAUGAUAUUUUUCUCUAAAGUCAUAUGGUUCUUUCUUUGUUAUUGCCAUCUCUUGUGUCCGGUAAAAAUGGCACACCAGUAUGAAUAGAUACUGCAACUAUUUUCGGCUAAGAAAUCUCUAUAUAUAGCGAUAAUUGUUCAGAAGAAAAAUGUGAUGUACUAUUCUAUUUAAGUCAAGCAUCUGAUGCUUGUAUAUGGAAAUGUUAUAUAUAGAAAAUGUUAUUCAAAAAUAAUCUGUUAUUAGGUGUUAUUUUAAGACGUCAAAAACUAUAAAAAUCAGGUACUUUUUAUGCCCCCGAAGGGAGGCAUAUAGUUUUUGAACCGUCUGUCGGUCUGUCCGCAAUUUUCGUGUCCGGUCCAUAUCUUUGUCAUCGAUGGAUGAAUUUUCAAAUAACUUGGCUUGAAUGUGUACCACAGUAAAACGACGUGUCGCGCGCAAGACCCAGGUCCGUAGCAUUAAAGGAUAGUGCAUUGAUGGGCGUGUCCGGUCCAUAUCUUUGUCAUCGAUAGAUGGAUUUUCAAAUAACUUGGCAUGAAUGUGUACCACAGUAAGACGACGUGUCGCGCGCAAGACCCAGGUCCGUAGCUCAAAGGUCAAGGUCACACUUAGACGUUAAAGGAUAGUGCAUUGAUGGGCGUGUCCGGUCCAUAUCUUUGUCAUCGAUGGAUGGAUUUUCAAAUAACUUUGCAUGAAUGUGUACCACAGUAAGACGACAUGUCGCGCGCAAGACCCAGGUCCGUAGCUCAAAGGUCAAGGUCACACUUAGACGUUAAAGGAUAGUGCAUUGAUGGGCGUGUCCGGCCCAUAUCUUUGUCAUCGUGGAUGGAUUUUCAAAUAACUUGGCAUGAAUGUGUACCACAGUAAGACGACGUGUCACACGCAAGACCCAGGUCCGUAGCUCAAAGGUCAAGGUCACACUUAGACGUUAAAGGUCAUUUUUCAUGAUAGUGCAUUGAUGGGCAUGUCCGGUCCAUAUCUUUGUCAUUCAUGCAUGGAUUUUAAAAUAACUAUGCAUGAAUGUGUGACACAGUAAGACGACGUGUCGCGCGCAAGACCCAGCUCCAUAGGUCAAAGGUCCUAAACUCUAACAUCUGCCAUAACUAUUCAUUCAAAGUGCCAUCGGGGGCAUGUGUCAUCCUAUGGAGACAGCUCUUGUUUAUUCUAUGGCACAUUUUGUUCUUAUUUUAGUGUUCUCCAAAGUAUAUUAGAUAGGGCAUAAAAAAAAAAAAUGUUGCUAAAAACUCUCAGACUCCAUGGUGCUCUUCAUUAAAAUGAAUUGCGACAGGUUAACUUUCUAGUAUGUUAGGUAUUUUUCAGAUAUGAUUUUUAUGUUGUGGUUCAAUAGUCACUCUGGUGACAUUUUAAGAAUUUAACCCCUUGUGUAAUGCUGAAUAAUAAUCAGGUCUGCUGUAAACUCAUGAAUCACACUUUCAAAUAUUACAGAAAAAAAACAAAACCCACUAGUUUUGUCCAAUCUGCAACAUUUUAGCAAUACUUGACAUAUUAUUAAUUGUAUAUGAAAAUUUUGGUUAUGUAAAAAAUUGAUAUUUCCAUAAUGCAGUAUGCUGUAAACAGUUGAAACUCAAUUUCUCAGAUUCGCUUAUAUCAAAAUUCCAGAUAUCUCAAAGACAGUUUCAAGUCCCGUCUCAAAAACACUUACACAAAAAAUCAUUUUAAGUCGAAUUUCUAGGGUCUCGAAAUAAAAUCUUCAAUCCCUUGGAUUUCAAGAUAUCGAGUUUCAACUGUAUAAUAUUUUAAAGCAUGAGUGAGUAUUGAACAAGUACGUAGUCAAGGUCUGGCCCUUGUAUAACUCAGUUGCAGCAUUGAUAAACUAUUUUUGUUGUUUUACAUCAUUUUGCAACAUUGUUAAACAUUUCUGAAUUGACCGUUCUGAAAAAUAUACAUUAAUUUAUGCAUUCACGCUUUAUUGUUAUAGAAGAAAAAAGAUAUUUGAUUUGACAUAAGGAUAUGAUAAAAUGUUAGAAUUGCAUGAACUACUUCUCUUUAUUUGAACAUUUUGGUCAGAAAAUAAGUAAAUGUACACUUCAGUGUGUAAAAAUUACACAUCCGGUAUAAUUCCGUAGUGCUUAGUUAAACAUCUUUAUGAUCAAAAGAUUUAGAUGUGGUUCAUUUGACUUGGUAAAUCUUCCCAAGAAUGAUUAAAAAAAAAAAAAAAAUAUUUUUGCCAUUUCUAGAGAUAUUUUUGUAAGUUAAUGAAAUGGAAGCUUCAUAUUAGGCCUUGAACUAUUGGAUAAACCAUCAGCUGGUUUUGUUUCAUACAUAAUUUGUUCUUGGUUUUUGUCUAAUAAGAACAGCAGUUACCUACCCUGUCUGGUAGUUAUAAAGCAGUGCUUGUUUGGAAACUGUAUAGUAGUAGUAGAUAUUGAAUCACUUACAAAAACGUAAUUUGUAAUAGAUGAGGUUGAUUUCCAGUCAGAUAUGCUAUCUAAUACUGGAGGACAGAAGAAAUAUCACCUGUGCUUCCUUGUGUUUUAUUGGCAUAGGAAAUGUCAUUUGACAAGUCUAUGGAUAAGGUAUAGACUUAUUCAAAAUGACCUUUUCAACCAUUUUUCCAGUAUAAACAGGCCCUUACAAUAUACUUUGCAUAUUUUCCUUUAUAUCAUUGUAUGUAAAAUUUGAUCUCCAGUAUACCUUAUAGUGUAAGUGUAAGAUUCUCAUACACAGCUGGGCACAAUGUUUCUUCCAUCUAAGAUUGUUAGAAAUUUUCAGAUUAGAGUGAAAACGCAAGUGUGCAAUAUAGUGUAAAUUGAACCAUGUCUUGUUUUGUUUAUUGAAACAUAAUUUGAGCCGUGCCAUGAGAAAACCAACAUAGUGGGUUUGCGAGCAGCAUGGAUCCAGACCAGCCUGCGCAUCCGCGUAGUCUGGUCAGGAUCCAUGCUGUUCGUUAACAGUUUCUCCAAUUCCAAUAGGCUUUAAAAGCGAACAGCAUGCAUCCUGACCAGACUGCGCAGAUGCGCAGGCUGGUCUGGAUCCAUGCUGCUCGCAAACCCACUAUGUUGGUUUUCUCAUGGCACGGCUCAUUUGUACCCUUUAUAUGAGGCAAAAUAUAAACUUUGUUAAUCCAUGGUAACUUUUUCAAAUUGCAUAGUUUAGUUAUUGUCUUUUGAAAUAGUCAUUGUCCAAGAUUAUGUAUCUUGUGUAUGCUAUUUUGUUCUGUUUCCAUUGUAUUCUAUUUAUAGAACAAUGCUGCAGUGCUGUGAAAUUGCCUAUGCACAGGGGUUACACAAUAUUUAGGUUCAUUAACUAUAUUUAAUUUUUUUCACUUUGUGUCAACAUCAAAAGAAGAAUAUCAGUUCUGGAUUCAUAUUAGUGUCUUUAAAUAAAUUGAAAAAGGAAAUGAAUAAAACCCAACAGAUAGAUUGCAUUUUGUGCUGGUUUACAAACUCUUCUUCUUUGGUUUGUAUAUCACUUUAUUGACUUACCUUGCUUGAGUUAUUACAUACUGUCAGAAACAUUUGUCUGACUGAUUCUAAGGAGAAAAAUAUCAAAUUAGCUAGUUUGUAGAAAAUUGAAGCAAAUAUAGAUUUUCUCUUGUCCCCAUUUUGCAUGCUUGGAUACAGAUACUACGGUUUUUAGUUAAAUGCAUUAACUUUGUCUGUGUUGCCACUCUUUGACAAUUAGAAGUUAUUAUCUGCAGAAUGAAAGUAAAUUUUUUUUUUGCAUUUAAGUAAGACUUGGCAGUGAAUUUGCCAGUAAUAUAUGUCAGUUAUAAUGUUAUAUGCAUUGCAUGCUGUUUUAUACAUGAAACAUUUGAGAUGUAGCUUAUGACAACAAAAAUUCUUCUAAUGUAUGGUUCAUUGUUUAACCCUUAUCAUGCUAAAUGCGAUUGAUUCUACCUUUGCGACCAGUGUAGAUCAUGAUCAGCCUGCACAUCCAUGCAGUUUGAUCAAGAUGUGCACUGUUCGCCAUUCAGUCAGUAUGUUUUUGGUAAGCACCCCUUUUAAGUGUUAAUGGUACUGUCCAAAUUGGAAGAUGGACAAGUUCAUUAUAGACAUUUAGCAGGGUAAGGGUUAACAGGUUAUGGUAAUGUGAUUGAUCAAGAUGUGCACUGUUCGCCAUUCAGUCAGUAUGUUUUUGGUAAGCACCCCUUUUAAGUGUUAAUGGUGCUAUCCAAAUUGGAAGAUGGACAAGUUCAUUAUAGACAUUUAGCAGGGUAAGGGUUAACAGGUUAUGGUAAUGUGAUUGGUGAAAUUUAUUACUUUCUGCUAAAGUACAGAACAUUUUCAAAGACAUAAAUUUCUCCGAUAUUAGCAGUAAAAGUGCUUAUAGCCACUUGCUUGUAUUGAAUUACAAAAGUGCAUAUUGUGGUAUAAAAACUGAAAUAUUAAUGCCAGUUUUUUUCCAUAAUAUCCCAGAAAUAGAUUGACGGUCUGUCGUGUAGCCUUGGAUCAAUACAACAGAUUUAGGAUCUUAAAUGGGGCCAUUGCAAAAGCACAUAUCCAUUGAUUGACAUUUUUAUUACAUGAUCGCUUAUGUUUUAAAUUAGAUACAUGUCAAUAAAUUUAUCUCGCUCGCCUAAAAAAAUUUACCCCAACGUGCAUUCUGACUAACAGUUGUAGCGGUGCCAUAAGAAUUACACUUUAUGAGAAAUAGAAGGCUUUUCAAAAAUAAUAAUUCAAUAAUUUCUUGUUUUGCCCUUUUAAAGUAUGAAUGAUAUAGAUACUGCACUACAGAAGUGCAAAUGGUCAGUGUUACAGAUAUUUUCAAUUAAUGGAAUUAGUGUCAUAACAGUUCUAAUAACUCUUGUCUACUAAUGGUUAUUACUAAUGUAUCUAAUAGUUUUAGAAUAGAUAAGUGAAUAAAUUCCACUGACGCAAGGUCAACUGUACUUUAACUAGGUGUAUCACAAGAAUAAUUAUACAUGGCUGAAGAAAUGUACUUUAUUCUUAUUGUACACUAUAUAUCUUCUCUCCGUUAUUAUUCUGUUAAUUUACUACGUUUGCCAAGCUAGCAAAAUCAUGAAAAAAAUAUGCUCGCUGGCCGUCUAAACUGUAAAUGAUCAAUUUGUCAGUUUAUGCAAGCCAGAAAAUACAGAGAAAACAUUCUUAUGAUAAGAAGAGAGAGUUUAUUUUUCAGUCCAGCCUCAUACUUUAGUCUGUUUUUAACACAUCUGUAGAAAGAGGCAGCUACUCCUCAUAGGGCUAUUGUUUGACUUGUGUUGAUUUGUCAGCCUGUCAGGUUCUAUGGUUGCGGCAUAAUAUUACUACCGGUAACAAAGAAGUCUCUUUUUUCUGUAAAUUUCAUCAGAUUUUCAGGUUGUUUUUUUUCUGUUUCUGAAUUGUUUAUGUAUGACAUCAACAUUAGUCUUGUUCUUGCUUUUAUUUCUAUGAGAAAUAGCAAACAUGAAAGUAAACUACAGUCAAACUUCGUUCCAUCUAACUCAACGGUACAAGCAUAAUUUGUUCAAGUUUUCAAUAGUUUGAGCCAUCGAAAAAUAUAUAUUAUAUAGCCAUUUUGCAGGGACUUGACAAGUUUGAGCAAAGGGUGGUGGACAAAUUAUCCAAGUUCGAGCAAACGAAGUUUGACUGUAUGGUAUAUUUCCAGCAUGUAAUUAUUUCAGAAGAACCACUAUUUUAUGUAUGAUAGGUACAAUGGGUGUUCUGAAAGUUAAUUUGCCAGCAGCAUAAUUUUGUUAUUACUGAGCAGAAUCAUGUGCAAGGUACAUUAAUAAAAAAAGGUCUGAUUUUGAUGUUUAAAAUGAUAUCAUAUCCAAAUUUAUAUAUCUAUGCUGUGUAAUCUUAACAGAGAUAAACUGGUGGUACUAUGAAAAUAGGGUUGAUAAUGGUCCAUUUACAUGGCUUUUAACACUUACCUUGCUAAAUCUACAGUUCAUCUUCGUUUGACCGAACUCAGAUACUUGGUACACCUGCCUUUGCUCGAACUUAUCUGCUUGACUUGGCAAUAUUCGUAUAUAAUGUAUAGUGUUCCAAUGAUGGAACUAAUCUGGAACUAAUUCUGCCUGUCCCAUCAAGUUCGAGGGAACAAAGGUUGACCCAACCUCUAUAAAUUUGUAUAGCAUAGAAAUUCAUACCUACAUUUGAUGUCAAUGUCAAGGUUAAAAACUGACCUUUAUAUUGAUUUAUCUUGCUCAUGGUUUUUAGCUCAUCUGAGUUUUUGAAAAAAAAUGAUGAGUUAUUGUCAUCACUUGAGCGGUUGUCGGCGUCGGCGUCGGCGUUGCCUGGUUAAGUUUUAUGUUUAGGUCAGCUUUUCUCCUAAACUAUCAAAGCUAUUGCUUUGAAACUUGGAAUACUUGUUCACCAUCAUAAGCUGACCCUGUAUAGCAAGAAACAUAACUCCAUCUUGCUUUUUGCAAGAUUUAUGGCCCCUUUUGUACUUAGAAAAUAUCAGAUUUCUUGGUUAAGUUUUAUGUUUAGGUCAACUUUUCUCCUAAACUAUCAAAGCUAUUGCUUUGAAACUUGGAAUACUUGUUCACCAUCAUAAGCUGACCCUGUAUAGCAAGAAACAUAACUCCAUCUUGCUUUUUGCAAGAUUUAUGGCCCCUUUUGUACUUAGAAAAUAUCAGAUUUUUUGGUUAAGUUUUAUGUUUAGGUCAACUUUUCUCCUAAACUAUCAAAGCUAUUGCUUUGAAACUUGGAAUACUUGUUCACCAUCAUAAGCAGACCCUGUACAUCAAGAAACAUAACUCCAUCUUGCUUUUUGCAAGAAUUAUUGCCCCUUUUGGACUUAGAAAAUCAGUUUUCUUGGUUAAGUUUUAUGUUUAGGUCAGCUUUUAUCCUAAACUAUCAAAGCUAUUCCUUUAAAACUUGCAACAGUUUUUCACCAUCAUAAGCUGACCCUGUACAGCAAGAAACAUAACUCCAUCCUGCCUUUUUCAAGAUUUAUGGCCCCUUUUGGACUUAGAAAAUAUCAGAUUUCUUGGUUAAGUUUUAUGUUUAGGUCAACUUUUUCUCUUAAACUAUCAAAGCUAUUGCUUUAAAACUUGCAGCUCUUGUUCACCAUCAUACGCUGACCGUGUACAGCAAGCAACAUAAUUCCAUCCUGCUUUUUGCAAUAAUUAUUGCCCCUUUUGGACUUAGAAAAAUCAUUUUCUUGGUUGAAUAUUAUGUUUAAGUCAACUUUUCUCAUAAACUAUCAAAGCUAUUGCUUUAAAACUUGCAACAGUUUUUCACCAUCAUAAGUGGACACUGUACAUCAAGAAACAUAACUCUAUCCUGCUUUUUGCAAGAGUGAUGGCCCUUUUUAGACUUAGAAAAUCAUGGGUAGGACAAUAUUUCUAUUACACAAAAAAAAUCAGAUGAGCGUCAGCACCCGCAAGGCGGUGCUCUUGUUAUCACUUAUAACAAAAGUAGGACGCUAGUAUUGUAACUUCAAGAACACACCUCAGCACACACCUUAUACUAGUUUCGAAUAGAUUUUUUUGUUAUAUAAACAUAAAUAAUUAUCUUGGAAUAGAAUUCUUGCUAAGUCAUUAUUGGAUAAAGCUUUUGUUUACAUCAGUUUGAGAUAUUAUUUUUGUUAUAUAAGACUAACAUGUCUGUCAUUGAUAUUUUAGAUGUGUGUUUCAUUUUAGGUCUGUGUUCAUGUUAUAUUCACACUUAUCGAGAGUUAUUAUCUUUCUGAAACACCUCUGAUGAUGCUCUGACGUUCAAAUUAUAUAUUAUAGAUAUUUGUUCUUUCUUUUUGACUCGAAACUUUCAAGUUACAGUACACGAUCGCUAAAACCUGAUUACCUUUUCCUUUGUAAAUCAGCCCCAUCCCCACCCACUGGCCACAAAAAUAAAAAAUCUGAAAAUAUGUUGUUUUGUUUCCAGUACACAAAGAUUUUCCAUUUUAGAAAUUAAAUAUGGAGCAAAUAAUCAGUAACUGGAGAACACUGCAGCUGUUGUACUCCAUAAACUUAUUGUCUAUGGUCAGUAGAUGAGUAGUGGGAGGUCAAAGGUCAGGCUUAUAUUGACCUUGAGACAGAAAAUGGUUUCUGAUCAAUAUCGGACUUACAUUUUUAUGAAAAUUCUAUUUGUGUGCAGUUAAUUAUCAUAGCUGUUCCUUAAAAGGAAAAAAUAUUCCAUUAGUAUUUUACAUGCUGCAUGUUUCUUAUGUUACUGUUACUUUUUUCCGAUGUAUCCGCCCACUUAGCUCAAUUGGAAGAGUGUAGAUCUACGGAUCACAGGGUCGUGAGAUCGAUCCCCGGGCAUGCCAUAUGUUCUCCUUGAUGAUUUGAUAAAAGACAUUGUGUCUAAAAUCAUUCGUCCUCCAUCUCUGAUUCAUGUGGGGAGGUUGGCAGUUACUUGCAGAGAACAGGUUUGUACUGGUACAGAAUCCAGAAACACUGGUUAAGUUUACUGCCCGCCAUUACAUAACUGAAAUACUGUUGAAAAACAGUGUUAAACCUAAAACAAACAAACAAAUUUUUCCGAUGUAACCCUAUUUUAGCAGUAAGAUACACUAUCCUAUUCUUACCAUUAACAGGAACUAUUUUAUACUAUAGCUUUAUUUCCAAGUGUGCAGUUUUAUGAAUUGUUUAUGAUGUAACAUAUUGACAUAAUUAUCCUAAUUGUACUUUCACUAUGUUUAGGAUUCUUUUUUGACAGUCAUCUGUCUUUUUCCAUGUGAUGUAAGAGAACAAACAAAUUAUGAUUCCAUAUUAAUUUUAGUCCUUGCAAAGACCAGUGGCUAUACUCAUCAAUUUAUGUGUCCGAAAUUUUGACUUAAACGGAAAAUGGUACAGUAUUCACUUGCCACAACACUGAGUUUAAUGUUGCUGAAUAGUCAUAAUUGAGCCACACCAUGAGAAAACCAACAUAGUGCAUUUGCGACCAGCAUGGAUCCAGACCAGCCUGCGCAUCAACACACUCUGGUCAGGAUCCAUGCUGUUUGCUUUCAAAGCCUAUUGCAAUUAGAGAACCACUAGCGAACAACAUGGAUCCUGACCAGACUGUGUGGAUGCACAGGCUGGUCUUGAUCUAUGCUGGUCGCAAACGCAUUAAGUUGGUCUGCUCAUGGUGGCAGCCAUUUUCAUACAAACCUGAGAUUAAGAGAGUAAACAAUAUUUUAGCUUUAUUUGGAAUGUUGAAGAAAUACAGGCCAGGGUUUUAAUUUAAUAUAUAAGUGUUUGUUAAAUUGCAUGUAUUAUUUUUAAGCAAACUAUAUAUAAUAUGAAAAACGCAUGAAAUUAAUGUACUGUACUUGACACAUAUAUUAAAUACUUGGUUGCUAUUUAGAUGUGUGAAAAGAAAAUUAUAUUCAUUUUCAGCAGUGCCAAAUAAAUGAUUUUCUGUCUAUUUGAAGACUUGUCCAAUUAAGGAAUGAGGGCCAAUUGUUUUGACUUUUGACUGGCAAGCCAUUUGAUAAGUGUUUUAUUAAAAGACAUCAGAAAUUUAUUUUAGCAGUUUCAUUUUUGAAUAUUUGGCUUAUCAGCACAUGUGUCAUUCAAAUGGCACAAACUGUCAACUGGUCAUUUAGAUAAGGUGUUGUGAAAUAAUUACAGAUUUAUUUUAAGUCGGAAAAGUUGGGCACUUGAACUAAUAGCACUUUACUGUAACAUAAAUGAAGUUCUUUGAAAAUCAUGUUAAACUCAUAUAAGACAAGCAAGAUUUUUUUACAGAGGUCAUUGGAAGUACAAGGAACUUAGUUGGAUACUUGAACUUUCACCAGAUCAAAUAACUUGAUAGUUUUCUGUUAAUGAGACACCUCAGUAUUGAUAUCACUAACCGUAUUCCACUCUUCAUUGUAUAUGUGUUAUGAAAGGUUCUUAUUUUGCUAUUUUUUGUAUACUUUAUGAAUGCUUUUUGGAGGUUGACUUGAAUACGUAAAGGAUAUUUGUUUGUUUCAGUGUAAGAUUGAAAUACCUUUCAUGAGUGAACACCAGAUGCAAUAUUUUCAUGAGUGGCAUAGCCAUGACUGAAAAAAGUGAAAAUGUAAGAUAUGGUGUUCACAAGUGAAAGAUAUUUUGAAUGUAUGUGUAAAACAAACAAAUUUUCUUUUUAUACGCCUGUCUCUGGAAGAGUGAGGCGUAUUAUGUGAACACACGUGGCGGUGGGCGGGCGUCGUCCUAAAGCAUGUCCGCUCUCUAAGUCAAACAGUUUUCAUCCGAUCUUCACCAAACUUUGUCUUGGCCAAGAUCGAUAACCAGCAAAAUCCCCCCCAGGCACUCUUGAGUUAUGGCCCUUUAAUUACUCAAAAUCUGCAAAUUUAGCAUUGUCCGCCCUCUAAGUCAAAUAGUUUUCAUCCGAUCUUCACCAAACUUGGUGACAAUGUUUGUGGGCAUAAUACCUUGGCCAUGUUUGAUAACCAGCAAAAUCCCCCCCAGGCACUCUGGAGUUAUGGCCCUUGAAUUACUCCGAAAUCUGCAAAUUUAGCCUUGUCUGCUCUCUUAGUCAAACAGUUUUCAUCCGACCUUCACCAAACUUAGUGACAACGUUUGUGGGCGUAAUAUCUCGGCCAAGUUUGAUAACCAGCAAAAUCGCCUUAGGCACACUUGGAUUAUGGCCCUUGAAUUACUCGAAAAUCUGCGAAUUUAGCCUUGUCUGCUCUCUAAGUCGAACAGUUUUCAUCCGAUCUUCACCAAACUUGCUGACAAUGUUUGUGAGCAAAAUAUCUCAGCCAAGUUCGAUAACCAGCCAAAUCGCCCUAGGCACUCUUGGAUUAUGGCCCUUGAAUUAGGCCAAAUUUGAUUACGGGCGUAUUUUGUGACAGUCUGCCACUCUUGUUAUUCCAUAUUACGAUUACAUUAACAGUUUCUUACCCGUGAAAAAUAUAUUUGAUAUUUCCCACUGUGAAAAUGCCAGAUAUAUGUCACUCUGUUAUUCUGUUGGUUCACUGAAAAACAUGUACUAAUAAAAUUCUCUGUUUCCCUAGAUUUAAACUUAAGAGUAAAACUUAAACUUUCUCUCAGUCAUUUCCUCUGAGAUUAAAAUUGGUAAUAAAAGUCAGUAGAAACCACUUCAUUAUAAUUUUCUUGAAUGUAACACAUUCUCACUUCAAGACAAAGUUAGUUGACAAAUUUUCUGUUUGACUGACACCUCAGAUUUUUGAAUAUCAGUGUAACUAUCAGUAAACUAGUUGGGGAUCAAAAACCUGUUUUUCAUUAGAUAAUAGGAUUGUCUGUCUUGAACUCAUGCUGGUGACAAAGUUCAGAAAUUAUGACUUGUACAAUAUAAGCUGAUUCACAUUAAGUAUUAUGUUACAAUGACAAAAUAUCAUAUUAAAUUUUAUCAUAUGUUCUUAAUGUUUUCCUCAACAUACAGUUGAGACACAUAUGUCAAAUAUGCAUUUAAUGUAUGUGUAGUUUAAAGAUGUGGUUGCAUAGAAACUUAAAUUGAACUUUGAUUAAAAUAAACCUUGUAUAUCAAGAAAUGUUCUCAAAUUUGAAUCAGCUUUUCUUCUUUGAUGUGUAUUUCUUAUUCUUUGAUGUUUCAUAGAUGAAUAUUCUCUAAAACUUGUAACAGUAAUGAAGCGAUGUUUAAUCAAUAUUUUCUCUUAACUAAAAGAGUUAUUUGUUGAAAUUUCAGUCUGUAUGAAUUGAUUCUUAGAUUUACAUUCAUUGAAUAAUGUUAUGCCUAUUUUCAAAGUACAGUGGAAGUCUUUUCUGAAAUAGUUCUACAGGAUGCGGUCAUUUGUGCCGUGCCAUGGGAAAACCAACAUAGUGGCAUUGCAACCAGCAUGGAUCCAGACCAGCCUAUGCAUCCACGCAGUCUGGUCAGGAUCCAUGCUGUUCGUUUUCAAAGCCUAUUGCAAUCAAAGAAAGUGUUAACGAACAGCAUGGAUCCUGACCAGACUGCAUGGAUGCGCAGUCUGGUCUGGAUCCAUGCUGGUUGCAAAGCCACUAUGUUGGUUUUCCCAUGGCACGGCUCAUUUGUCUCCUCCAAUGAUUCAUGUGGGGAAGUUGUCAGUUGAUUUUAGAGAAAAAUCCAGGUUAAAUAUUAACCUUAGAUCUAUAUAAACACAGUCAAAGUAAUGCGCCAAAAAUUUAAAUACUUUGACAAAUCUCUAGUAAAUGAAGUCCAUUUGUUCUUGGGGUUCAUGUCAGAAUUUAAGAAUUGAUUUAUAUGCAGACAUACUUGUAUUACUAUGUAAAUUACUGUUUGUUGUCUGUGUUUACUAUGAUGUUUAUGUCACUUUUGUUUUGUGUAUAUAACAUAUUGACAUGAUAAUGUAAAUAAACUUCAUUGUUUAGCAGUAAGUGGUGUUUAUUUUUUUGGAUAGAUUUGACAGGGAUUUGCUGCAAUUUUAUUACCACAGUCUUUCAUUUUAUAUGAUGUAUACACGUGCUAAAUGUAUGUUUAUUUUUGUCUAUUUUACAGGAUCUCUAUUUUACAGUUAGAUGUUUCCAGACUGCCACAGUGUACCAAAAAACAGAUGAAAUAAAAAUUAUCAUAUUGA